AACUGUGGACAGGUUUAUUGCUCACCCCCGACUCCACUUUGUCUUUGACAGGGAGCACCUUGCCGCAUCCUUGCCACACACCCUAUCUUCCGACACAGCGCCGUGCACGCGGGGAUCCACGUGCGAUACACACGUGCUGGGCGGUGGCGGGGGCGGCUGUGGUGAGGGUGGUGGUGGCGAUGGCGGGGGCGGGCUCGGUGGCGGUGGGCUGCGAGGCGGCGGCGCGACGGCGGGGGCGGGCGGGUGGCGGAGGCAAGGGAGAGGGUGGGCUCCGCGGUGGCCGUGAGGGCGGAGGCGACGCGGGCGGCGGAGGGGACGGAAGCACGGGAGACGGUGGCGACGGCGGCGACGACGGAAGCGUGGGGACGGGCAGGCCCGAUGGCGGGGCGUGCCUGAUGGGAGGGCGGCUGACAAGCGCUGCGCUGGGAGAGGUGGUGAGCCGCUAGACUGCGUUUCUCCUCCCGCACGCCGCUGUGCGAGCACAAGUGUGCAGGACGCGACGGCGGCGCGCACUGCUCCUCGCUCACUCCGUCUUCCCGCUCACUCGCCGCGACCAGGAGGGAGGAACUCGGUCAUACAGUGCUCGGGCUGGCGCGCCCACGCGUUGUGCUCGGGCGCAGCUGACCCGACCGCACUCGGCGGGUCGCGCCAAGGCGCGGGGCAGCCUGCGCGUCCCGACAGCGCCGACAAGCGAGGCGCAAGGCUGCGGAGGGCAACCUGAGGAACGCGCGACGAGCGAGUCGCGUGCGCGGCGAGCCGGCGAGGUAGCCG